UUGUUGUGACUCUUGCGCUCACAGUGCAGUGGAGUCGGAUCGGCAACGAGACGCAGCAGUAAACUACCCCGCAACAUUACCAGAGUGGCUAGCUAGCCUAAUUGAGAUUUAGCUCGCUUUUAAAUGUACUGCGUUCUGUUGGGACCAACUAAUUCAUGCACGGACUCUGAGCUAGUGAAGCGCAAACCACGGUGCGCAAAGAUUGACCAACAUCUGCUCUAUUAUUGAAGCGCUGUUGCCGAAUAAUGUAUCCACAUUGACUGAGAAAGGAGCGAUAUAAGGGACUACACCGAGAACAUCGGAUAUUUAUYUGUUUCUAUUUGCAGCAACCAACACGGAUCUUGUUCCUUCCAAUCGCAAGAGGGGAAAUGUGAAUUGAGCAGCAAGUUGCCCGAAGUCUCUCCUUAUGGAUUUAGCACUUUCUGCCGCAUGAACCCGAUAUAAGGAGCCAGGCGCGCAAGCCUCAUUCUGCUGUGAGAACACAAUUGGGUCAGGGUGAAGUGGACUUUGCGCCCCAGUUCCAAGGAUCAGCGCUAGCUCCUUCCCUGCCUGCUCCACACCGGCAGCUGUCCUUCAUGUUAUGGUUGUUUUGAUGGAUGUAUAGGUGUAUCUCCGAGGUUUUCACCGGGUCCCACAUUAAAGGCAAUCACCAAAAGACUUUAAAAAGAGAAAGAAACAGAAGCCCAAUAUUCACCUCGAUCGAAUGGAACUUGGAUAUUCUGGUGCCUAAUAGACUUUAUCAAGGAUUGAUCAUUAAGAGCAAAGACCGACAAAAAAAGGUCCGGUUUUUGGUGUGUGUGUUGAGUUUGCCAAUGCCCGGAAUCGGUGUGUGAGGCCAGGGUUAGCCCCCCUUCAUUAUUUUGCUAUCACACACACCUGCAAGAUGGUGAAUGUCUAUACAGUUUGCAUCGUCAUAUUCUGUCUGACUGUUGGACUCCUGACCAAAGCCAUCACGCCAGAAGACGGAAAAACAAAAGAUCUGAGAGUGCCUCGGCCGCUCAUCCUGCCUCAUUACCCGGAGAAUGCUACAGCGGUUGUAGGGGGACAGGUUAAGCUGCUGUGUAAGGUCCACCGGCCGGCCUUCACCAAGGUUCAGUGGCUGAAGAGAGACGGAGAUCGCCUGGGAGCCGAGGGCCAGCCACAUCUUCGAGUUCUGACGGCACUCCAGAGCAACAUCUCCAAAGUGAACUCUCUGUCUCUGAGCAACGUUUCKCUGGAGGACACUGGGGAGUACAUCUGUAUGGCUGAGACCACCACACAAGCUGGACACCAGCUUCAGUCUAUGCAGUCUGCCUGGCUACAGGUUCUACCAGGGACCCUGAUCUCUCAUUCCCUGGACCAAAGUACGGCCAUUGAAGUCCCAGCAGUUGUCCUGGAUGACCUUGGUGAGGACACCAAUGAGCACCUGCUCCUGGAACCGGGUGAUGUCCUCAAGUUGCGCUGUGACACCAACCGACCAGGGGGCGUGUACUGGUACAAAGAGUGGACCCGGGUGCUGCACACCGCCCGGAUCCAGAUCCGCGGGGGCGUUAUAGAGAUCACGGACGUGACGUACGAGGAUUCUGGGGUGUAUGUGUGUGUCCUCCGGGGAACCAAGGAGCCCCUCAGGAACUUCACCAUCACUGUAGCAGACUCACUGGGCUCAGGUGAUGAUGAUGAGGACAAUGGUCUAGAAGACACGUCAGCUGAGAUAGAUAAUGACCAGGUCUACUUCACAAGAGGUCCCUACUGGACCCACACCCAGCGCAUGGAGAAGAAGCUGUACGCAGUGCCGGCAGGGAACACGGUCAAGUUCCGCUGCCCGGCAAUGGGCAGCCCUCUGCCCUUCAUCCGUUGGCUGAAGAACGGACACGAGUUCAGGGGAGAGCACCGCAUUGGAGGCAUCAAGUUGAGACACCAGCACUGGAGCCUGGUGAUGGAGAGUGUGGUGCCUUCAGACCGUGGGAACUACACCUGUCUGGUGGAGAACAAAUACGGCUCCAUCACACACAGCUACCUUCUGGACGUGCUGGAGCGCUCCCCACACAGGCCUAUCCUGCAAGCUGGUCUGCCAGCCAACACUACAGCGGUGGUGGGCACUGAUGUCCAGUUCUUCUGUAAGGUCUACAGCGAUGCCCAGCCUCACAUCCAGUGGCUGAAACACAUUGAGAGAAACGGCAGCCGCUACGGCCCAGACGGGACUCCUUACGUUCAGAUACUGAAGACAGGCAGCCUAAACAUGUCGGAGGUGGAAGUUCUCUACCUGACUAAUGUGACCAUGGAGGAUGCUGGAGAGUACACCUGUCUGGCUGGAAACUCCAUCGGCUACUCCUACCAGUCUGCCUGGCUCACUGUCCUCUCAGAAGAGGACGUGGCUGACGAGGUGGACUUAAUGGAGACCAAGUACACUGACAUCAUCAUCUACGCGUCUGGCYUCCUGGCUCUGGUCAUGGCCAUCGUKAUYGUGGUGCUGUGUCGCAUGCAGGUCAACCCAAGCAGAGAACCCUUCGAUGUCCUCCCCGUCCAGAAACUCUCCAAGUUCCCCCUCCGCAGACAGUACUCUGUGGAUUCCAACUCGUCAGGGAAGUCCAGUGCUUCUCUGAUGAGAGUGGCCCGUCUGUCUUCCAGCUGCUCCCCCAUGCUGGCCGGAGUCAUGGAGUUUGAACUGCCCUACGACCCCGACUGGGAGUUUCACAGGGAGAAUCUGACUUUAGGGAAGCCACUGGGUGAGGGCUGCUUCGGUCAGGUGGUCAGAGCUGAGGCCUAUGGGAUCAACAAGGACCAYCAGGAGAACAUCUCCACUGUGGCCGUCAAGAUGUUGAAAGAUGAUGCCACAGACAAAGACCUGUCAGAUCUCAUAUCUGAAAUGGAGCUGAUGAAGGUGAUGGACAAGCACAAGAACAUCAUUAACCUCCUGGGGGUGUGCACACAAGAAGGUCCUCUGUACGUGCUGGUAGAGUAUGCGUCUAAAGGCAGCCUCAGGGAGUACCUGCGGGCCCGACGGCCCCCUGGCAUGGACUAUACCUUUGAUGUGACCAAAGUGCCAGAGGAGCAGCUCACCUUCAAAGACCUGCUGUCCUGUGCCUACCAGGUGGCGCGUGGCAUGGAGUACCUGGCCUCCAAAAGGUGCAUCCACAGAGACCUUGCUGCCAGAAACGUCCUCGUCACAGAAGACAACGUCAUGAAAAUCGCAGACUUCGGCCUUGCAAGAGGAGUGCACCAGAUCGACUACUACAAGAAAACCACCAACGGACGUCUGCCAAGUGAAGUGGAUGGCACAGAGGCCUGUUCGACCGAGUCUACACACACACCAGAAGUGACAGUGUGGUCGUUUGGCGUGCUGAUGUGGGAGUAUCUUCACCUGGGGGGCUCACCGUACCCCGGUAUCCCCGUGGAAGAGCUCUUCAAGCUGCUGAAGGGCCACCGCAUGGACAAACCCUCCAAACUUACACACGAACUGUGAGUACACACACAUAAG